UUGAGGAGAGUAUUCCCCAACAGGGGUUCUGAGACCAGGUUGAGUGGAGUAUUCCCCAACAGGGGUUCUGAGACCAGGUUGAGUGGAGUAUUCCCCAACAGGGGUUCUGAGACCAGGUUGAGUGGAGUAUUCCCCAACAGGGGUUCUGAGACCAGGUUGAGUGGAGUAUUCCCCAACAGGGGUUCUGAGACCAGGUUGAGUGGAGUAUUCCCCAACAGGGGUUCUGAGACCAGGUUGAGUGGAGUAUUCCCCAACAGGGGUUCUGAGACCAGGUUGAGGAGAGUAUUCCCCAACAGGGGUUCUGAGACCAGGUUGAGGAGAGUAUUCCCCAACAGGGGUUCUGAGACCAGGUUGAGGAGAGUAUUCCCCCAACAGGGGUUCUGAGACCAGGUUGAGGAGAGUAUUCCCCAACAGGGGUUCUGAGACCAGGUUGAGGAGAGUAUUCCCCAACAGGGGUUCUGAGACCAGGUUGAGGAGAGUAUUCCCCAACAGGGGUUCUGAGACCAGGUUGAGUGGAGUAUUCCCCAACAGGGGUUCUAGACCAGGUUGAGUGGAGUAUUCCCCAACAGGGGUUCUAGACCAGGUUGAGUGGAGUAUUCCCCAACAGGGGUUCUAGACCAGGUUGACCAGGUUGAGUGGAGUAUUCCCCAACAGGGGUUCUAGACCAGGUUGAGUGGAGUAUUCCCCAACAGGGGUUCUAGACCAGGUUGAGUGGAGUAUUCCCCAACAGGGGUUCUAGACCAGGUUGAGUGGAGUAUUCCCCAACAGGGGUUCUAGACCAGGUUGAGUGGAGUAUUCCCCAACAGGGGUUCUAGACCAGGUUGAGUGGAGUAUUCCCCAACAGGGGUUCUAGACCAGGUUGAGUGGAGUAUUCCCCAACAGGGGUUCUAGACCAGGUUGAGUGGAGUAUUCCCCAACAGGGGUUCUAGACCAGGUUGAGUGGAGUAUUCCCCAACAGGGGUUCUGAGACCAGGUUGAGUGGAGUAUUCCCCAACAGGGGUUCUGAGACCAGGUUGAGUGGAGUAUUCCCCAACAGGGGUUCUGAGACCAGGUUGAGUGGAGUAUUCCCCAACAGGGGUUCUGAGACCAGGUUGAGUGGAGUAUUCCCCAACAGGGGUUCUGAGACCAGGUUGAGGAGAGUAUUCCCCAACAGGUGUUCUGAGACCAGGUUGAGUGGAGUAUUCCCCAACAGGGGUUUCUAGACCAGGUUGAGUGGAGUAUUCCCCAACAGGGGUUCUGAGACCAGGUUGAGUGGAGUAUUCCCCAACAGGGGUUCUGAGACCAGGUUGAGGAGAGUAUUCCCCAACAGGGGUUCUGAGACCAGGUUGAGGAGAGUAUUCCCCAACAGGGGUUCUGAGACCAGGUUGAGGAGAGUAUUCCCCAACAGGGGUUCUGAGACCAGGUUGAGGAGAGUAUUCCCCAACAGGGGUUCUGAGACCAGGUUGAGGAGAGUAUUCCCCAACAGGGGUUCUGAGACCAGGUUGAGGAGAGUAUUCCCCAACAGGGGUUCUGAGACCAGGUUGAGGAGAGUAUUCCCCAACAGGGGUUCUGAGACCAGGUUGAGGAGAGUAUUCCCCAACAGGGGUUCUGAGACCAGGUUGAGGAGAGUAUUCCCCAACAGGGGUUCUAGACCAGGUUGAGGAGAGUAUUCCCCAACAGGGGUUCUGAGACCAGGUUGAGUGGAGUAUUCCCCAACAGGGGUUCUGAGACCAGGUUGAGGAGAGUAUUCCCCAACAGGGGUUCUGAGACCAGGUUGAGGAGAGUAUUCCCCAACAGGGGUUCUGAGACCAGGUUGAGGAGAGUAUUCCCCAACAGGGGUUCUGAGACCAGGUUGAGGAGAGUAUUCCCCAACAGGGGUUCUAGA